GAAUGUGACUGAGCUAGGAACCAAGAAGCAGAAGUCACCAGGUGCCCAGAAUGAAGGGAUGUUCACAUGGAAAGCCACCAUUGAGCCAUCUGCUGAAAGCUGGGAGUCACAAAGGACUACUGUUCCAGUUACCAUGACUGCAUAAUAAGUUUCUCCAAAACUCAGUGGUAUAAAACAACCAUUCGUUGUGCUCUUGGACUCUGUGGGUCAGGAAUCUGGACAGGGCACAGCAGUGAUAACUUGGCUCUGUUUCAUUAUGUGUGGGGCCACAACUGGAAGAUAUGAAGACUCAGCAUUGGAAUCACCUGAAGGCUUAUUCACUCACAUAUCUGAUGAUUGAUGCUGGCUGUCGACAGAGACCUUAGCUGUGGAUGUCACCAGCUGGAACCAUUCAUUAUAUUUGGCUUCUUGUGUCACCUGGCUUCCCCCCAAAAUGGUAGCUGAGUUUCAAAGCUUAAUGUGGCCAUGUGGCUAAAUUCUAAUGAAUAGAAGCGGCAUCUCACUUUCAUCAACACCAUUGAAAGAAGUCAAGAAGAUGUCAGUGCUAUCACCUGAAAUCAAAUUCAACACUUCUAGAGUCAUCAGAAGUUCCCUAGAUACUUCUUUCACUUUUGAAAGUAAUUGGAGGAAAGCAGUUUCUGAAACACGAAGGAUACGGAAAGAAUACACCACAGCAUUUGGUCUACAAGAGCUCAAAGAGUGUGUCAAAAUGCCAUAUUUACCAAGAUUGCCAAGUUGUCAAAAACAUGCAAGUUCCACUCCACUAGAGGUUCAUCAAAGGCUGCUACGAGAGGACAGAGGAAUAGCUCCACUCAGGAUGAAGAAGCCUAAGGAGACAUGCACCAUGCUACCACUUCAGGAGAGGUCAAAAGAUUCUGACUUCAGUGAUCCCCUCCCUGGUGCACCAGCUCAAUACCUAGAGAGACUUUCAAAAAUUGCAAUCCUGGAGUAUGAUACUAUUCGUCAGGAAACCAGAAAAUACCGAAAAAGCAAGCGACGAGAGCGACAAGACUGCUGACACCUGCAGUAGGGCACUUUCUUCGCUGACUCUUCAAAUUCACAGUUCCUUUCUUUGUCUUUUUUGGUUAUGUGGCACAGUACUUUAUAUAAAAAUGAAAAUGUAAAUAGGAAAUAAAUAUUUCAUGUUCUCU